CGCGCGUUUCCCAUCGCAGUCAGUUGACAGCUGGAAGGCAGUGGAGCUUCGCCACACAGCAAACUUUCGAUUUUUCCCCCCUUCUGUUUUGCUUUGACGCUUUACGCGCCAACUACUGGAACGUUCUGUUCGUGAAAGCGCGCGGAGGGCAUCCCCCUCUUCAUUUAUUCAUCUCUUUUUUUUAAUUUUUAACAACAUCGUUCUUUAUAUAAAGCACCUAUGACAGCACGUAAGUGGAAGUAAGUGAAGAACUGUCGCCGGUUCCUGAAACAAGGGUGAAAAGAGCACAAACCAUCUCAGAGGACAAUAACCUUUUGGAAGAAAAAGAAUUAACUUUUUAAUGCGCGUGUAAAAAUGACUUUUUAUCUCAUCUGUACAAGACAAAUAAAAGCAUUUGUCUGAUUUAAAAGAAACAACGGAGUAAUAUUUCAACAAUGCCAACUUGGCUUGAUACAGAAAUUUGGUAUGGUGGACUUCUAACCAGGCAGAAGAAACAUGGCUCUCUAUCCCUAAGCGAUCAUCAGUUGUGCCUGUAUUUCUUCAUGACACGUGGAUGGAUAUAGACAUUGUUCCGCUGCAGUCGCCAUCCAUUUCCUAUGUAUAUCAGUGACAUUCGAGGUCUCAGAGAAUGAUAUGUCCAAGAAAGAAGAGGCCCAUCAAAGAUGAGGAUUUCUCUGCCAUCGUGGUGCCCUCCAUGAAGGGUCAUGGUUACUUGGAUUACACAAUUGAAAGUCAUCCCUAUAGAGCCAUGCAGAUCAUGGACGAGCUCCGCCAUCAUGAGUUGCUCUGUGACGUGGUUCUACACGUGACUUACAAAGACAAGAUAGUGGAUUUUAAGGUGCAUAAACUGGUGCUGGCUGCCUGCAGUCCUUACUUCAAAGCCAUGUUCACCAGUAACUUCAAGGAAUGCCAUGCCUCGGAGGUCACCCUGCGAGACGUGUGUCCUCAGGUCAUCAGCCGCCUCAUUGACUUUGCCUACACCUCCCAUAUAACAGUGGGCGAGAAGUGCGUUCUUCACGUCCUCUUGACCGCAAUGCGCUAUCAGAUGGAAGAGGUGGCCAAAGCGUGCUGCGAUUUCCUCACAAAGAACCUGGAGCCGUCAAAUGUCAUAGGUAUCUCGAGAUUUGCAGAAGAGAUCGGCUGCACCGAGCUGCAUCUUCGCACAAGAGAGUAUAUCAACACUCACUUCAAUGAGGUAACCAAAGAGGAAGAAUUCUUCAGUUUGUCCCAUUGCCAGCUGCUGGAACUGAUCAGUCAGGACAGUCUAAAGGUGCUCUGCGAGUCCGAGGUCUACAAGGCCUGCAUCGACUGGGUCCGCUGGGAUGCGGAGAGCCGAGCACAGUACUUCCAUGCCCUCCUCAACGCGGUCCAUAUCUACGCCCUGCCGCCCACAUUCCUCAAAAGGCAACUGCAGUCCUGCCCCAUCCUCAGCAAGGCCAACUCCUGCAAGGACUUCUUGUCCAAGAUAUUCCAGGACAUGGCUCUUCGAAAACCCCUGCCACCUGCUCCUCAUCGUGGGACUCAGCUCAUCUACAUAGCGGGAGGUUACAAGCAACACUCUCUGGACUGUCUGGAAGCCUUCGACCCACGGAAGAAUGUCUGGAUCAAGCUAGCUGACAUCGGAUCUCCUUGUAGCGGGCUUGGAGCAUGCGUGUUGUUCGGGCUCCUUUAUACGGUCGGCGGACGGAAUCUCUCUCUGCAGAACAACACAGAGUCUGGAUCUUUGUCCUGCUACAACCCCAUGACUAACCAGUGGACCCAGCUGGCUCCGCUCAACACGCCCAGAAACCGAGUGGGUGUUGGGGUCAUUGACGGCAGCAUUUAUGCCGUAGGGGGUUCACAUGCCUCUACACAUCACAACAGCGUUGAGAGGUAUGACCCAGAGACAAACCGCUGGACAUUUGUGGCCCCUAUGUCAGUAGCUCGGCUGGGGGCCGGUGUCGCCACGUGUGGGGGAAGUCUGUAUGUGGUUGGAGGAUUCGACGGGGACAACCGAUGGAACACGGCUGAGCGCUAUCAACCAGACACGAACACCUGGCAGCACGUGGCACCUAUGAACACAGUUCGGAGCGGUCUCGGGGUGGUGUGUAUGGAUAACUACCUCUAUGCAGUUGGUGGCUAUGAUGGUCAAACCCAGCUCAAAACGAUGGAGAAAUAUAACGUCACUCGAGACGUUUGGGAACCCAUGGCCUCUAUGAACCAUUGCCGCAGUGCACAUGGAGUCACGGUCUACCAAUGCAAGAUUUAUGUGUUAGGUGGAUUUAAUCAAGGGGGUUUCUUGUCUAGUGUGGAGUGCUACUGUCCAGGCAGUAAUGUAUGGACGUAUGUAACAGAUAUGCCUGUUGGGCGCAGUGGAAUGGGUGUUGCUAUAACCAUGGAACCCUGUCCUGGAAUCCUGCUGGAGGAGGAUGAGGAGGAGAUGUAAUGUCAAAGUUUGACGUGAACUUUGAACAUGUGCCAUUUUGAAGACAGCAAGUGCUGCAUUUCCUUCAAACUUCUUAAUGCAUGUGAUGCCAAUAAGGACAUUUUCUGUAAUUUAGGUUAAUUUUAAAGUUUUUUUUUUUUUUUUUAUAGAUCUUCACUACAAUGUGUGUGUGAUUUAAAGAGAGGAGCGUUGCUAAUCACUGGACUAAUGAACCUCUGAUCACUUUAUCAGGACUAAAUGAAUAUUCUGUAACUGAGACACACAAUCGUUUUGUCGAACUGCUGAACAUGUAAUUUUGUGAACUUGUUCUAUAAUAAUUUUCUUGUCUGUAAAUGCACUGUUUAAUGUGCACACCUGAUAAAAAACACUGACAUCUUAUGAAAGUUUGAGUUUAAUUUCUGACAACUUUAGAAUCUCUGCUGUUUGUCAGGAGUGUUUGCAGUAACAUUUUCUUAGA